GUUUUUUCUGCGAGGAAAAGAGCCACAGAACCUCGAAGUUCCUUUCUGAAGUCUGUCUCGGCCCUGUGCGGGUCAGUCCAACACCGCCUCGGUCCUACGGCGGCUGUAGGCGAACAGAGAAAGACAUUCUUUAUUCCGGAACGGAGGCCGCGCGCGCAGGCUGUUUCCGGGGGCUCGAGGCGUCGCACCGCCGCGCCCCGCCCCGCCCCUCGCGCGGCCACGUCUAGCCAAAGCCGCAGGGUCGGCUGUGCCGGGUAUCAUGAUACUGUUUGGUUUGCCUUCAAGCCAUUUAUAAGACUUUAAAUCACCCCAAAAUGGUAAACAGAGUGAGGUCCUUCCCAAGAACUCUGGACUGUUGCUGAUGGCAGAAACCGAAUGCACCGCAGGGUCACUUGUAGCCCUCGGUGUCAGCUCAGCUUGGCCUGUCCUGACCAUGGACAGUGCGUCGGCCAAGCAAGACAGGCUUCUGGAGGACAAUGCCAACAGUGGCACCUCAGCUUGCCCCAAGGCCCUCCUGCAGCCCCUGGGCUUGCUAGAGCCACCUGACCAGCGGGACAGAACUCAAUGUACCAGCAUCAAGGCUGGCAAAGCUUCUGAGGAAGGAAGAAGCCUUGAUGGGCCCGGCCAGGGGACCCUCUGUCAGAAUGGGCCUGUACCACAGUUCCCAGACCCUCUGCUGCCUCUCGCCCCCACCACCUCAUCAGUGGGUCCUGAUGCCUCUCCAGGUGUGGCUGGUUUCCAUGACAACCUAAGGAAGUCUCAGGGAGCUAGUGCUGAGGGCAGUGUUAGAAAAGAAGCUUUGCAGUCUCUCAGACUCAGUCUUCCCAUGCAAGAAACGCAACUGUGCUCCUCGACAUCUUCAUUGCCACUGGAGGAAGAGGAGCAGGUUCGACUUCAGGCCCAGAAGCAGCUGGAAGAGCAACUCAGACAAUACCGAGUGAAGCGCCAGCAAGAGAGGUCUAGUCAACCUGCAACAAAAAUGAGACCUUUUAGCACACUGGAUCCUGAGCUCAUGUUAAACCCAGAACACUUGCCAAGGGCCAGUCCUGUGGCUCUGACAACAGAGUACUCCUUCCUGCGCACUAGUGUCCCUCGGGGACCCAAGGUGGGCAGCUUAGGUAUGCUGGCACAUCCAAAGGAGAAAAAAAGUUCCAAAUUAAGCAAAAUCCGGUCUCUGGCUGAUUAUAGGACUGAAGGUUCAGGUGAUGCUGGUGGCCUGGGUCCCACUGCUGACUCUAGCAGGAGCUCCCUAAAGCAGAGCAGAAGUAGUACCUCCAUUGUGUCUGAGGUCAGUCUGUCUCCUGAGGCUGAUGGCCACCUAGAGAAUGCCUCCCUGACUGGGGACAGUGUGUCAGAGGCUGACGGAAAUGACAGCGACAGCUCCUCACACAGCAGCCUCUCCGCCCGUGGGACUGGUGGUGUUCUGGGGAAUGUGGCGGGCACCCCGGGAGCUGCCUAUGUGGUUGGUGGCCAGGAGAUUGCUGUGGAGGCCCUGGGCCAGUUCCCCUCCAUCAAGGAUGUGCUCCAGGCCGCGGCAGCUGAGCGCCAAGACCAGGGGCAGGAAGUCAGUGGGGACGUGCGGAGCCGCAGAGACAGCGUCUGCAGCAGUGUAUCCAUGGACAGCUCUCUUGCAGAGACACAGGAUGAAAUGUUGCAGGUUCUGAAAGAGAAAAUGAGACUUGAAGGACAGCUGGAGGCUUUAUCACUAGAGGCAACUCAGGCACUUCAGGAGAAGGCUGAGCUGCAGGCCCAGCUGGCUGCCCUGAGCACAAGACUGCAAGCACAGGUGGAGCAGACCCACAGCAGCCAGCAGAAGCAGGACUCCCUUAGCUCUGAAGUGGACACUUUGAAGCAGUCUUGCUGGGACUUGGAACGAGCCAUGACUGACCUACAGAACAUGUUGGAAGCCAAAAAUGCCAGCCUGGCAUCCUCAAACAAUGACCUGCAGGUGGCAGAGGAGCAAUACCAGAGGCUGAUGGCCAAGGUGGAGGACAUGCAGAGGAACAUGCUUAGCAAGGACAACACGGUGCACGACCUUCGACAGCAGAUGGUGGCCCUGCAGAGCCAGCUACAGCAGGUGCAACUGGAGCGCACGACACUGACCAGCAAGCUGCAGGCCUCCCAGGCGGAAAUUGCAUCUCUGCAGCAUGCCCGGCAGUGGUACCAGCAGCAGCUUGCCCUGGCUCAGGAGGCCCGGGUCAGGCUGCAGGGUGAGGUGGCCCACAUUCAGGUUGGGCAGAUGACCCAGGCUGGUCUGCUGGAACACCUGAAGCUGGAGAAUGUGUCCCUGUCCCACCAGCUGACAGAAACACAGCACAGGUCCAUCAAGGAGAAGGAGCGCAUAGCUGUCCAGCUGCAGAGCAUCGAGGCCGACAUGUUGGAUCAAGAAGCAGCCUUUGUGCAAAUUCAGGAGGCAAAGACGAUGGUGGAGGAAGACCUGCAGAGGAGACUUGAGGAGUUUGAAGGAGAGCGGGAGCAGCUGCAGAAGGUGGCAGAUGCAGCAGCAUCUCUGGAGCAGCAGCUGGAGCAGGUGAAAUUGACUCUGCACCAGCGGGACCAGCAGCUGGCAGCCCUGCAGCAAGAGCACUUGGAACUGAUGGGGCAGCUCACCUCCACACAGGAGGCUCUGCAGGCCCGGGGGCAGUCCCUUGAUGACCUGCACACGCGCUAUGACGAGCUGCAGGUGCGACUGGAGGAGCUGCAGGGGGAGGCUGCCUCCAGGGAGGACGAGAUCCACUUCCUGCAGAAAGAGAAGAUUGUCUUGGAGGUGGCUCUGCAGGCGGCCAGGAGUGGCAAGGAGGGUCUGGACCAGGAAGCAAGACGCUUAGAGGAAGGUACUGAAGAGACCUCGGGACACCUAGAGCAGUUGAGACAGGAGCUGGCCGUGAAGUCCAGUCAGGUAGAGACCCUGCAGCAGGAGAUGGCCUCCCUGAGGAAGCAGAUGCAGAAGGUGAAGGAGCAGUUUCUUCAGCAGAAGGUAAUGGUGGAGGCUUACCGGCGGGACGCCACCUCCAAAGACCAGCUCAUCAGUGAACUAAAGGCCACAAGGAAGCGGCUGGAUGCAGAGAUGAAGGAACUGAGGCAGGAACUCAUCAGGGUGCACGGGGAGAAGAAGGCUGUGGAGGUGGAGCACUCCCGUUUGCAGAAGGAGGCCGCCCAGGCCCACCAGCAGAUGGCAGGUCUCCAGGAGCACCUCCAGGCAGUGCAGAAGGAGCGCGACGAGAUGGAGAUGCACUUGCAGUCCUUGCAGUUCGACAAAGAGCAGAUGGCUGCUCUGUCAGAGGCCAAUGAGGAGCUGAAGAAACAAGUAGAAGAGCUCCAGCAAGAGGCCAAGAAAGCCAUCACAGAGCAGAAGCAGAAGAUGAAAAGGCUGGGCUUGGACCUGACCAGUGCCCAGAAGGAGAUGAAGACCAAGCAUAAGGCCUACGAGAACGCCGUGAGCAUCCUUAGCCGCCGCCUGCAGGAGGCCCUGGCUGCCAAGGAGUCCGCAGAUGCAGAGCUGAGCCAGCUCAGAGCCCAGAGCAGUGGUGGUGGCAGUGACCCUGCGCUACAUGAGAGGAUCCAGGCCCUGGAGGUGGAGCUGCAGAGCGUUGGUCACAGCAAGAUGCUGCUGGAGAAGGAGCUGCAGGAGGUGAUUGCCACAACUAGCCAGGAGCUAGAGGAGUCCCGGGAGAAGGUGCUGGAGCUGGAGGAUGAGCUUCAAGAGUCCAGAGGUUUCAGACGGAAGAUAAAGCGCCUUGAAGAAUCAAAUAAGAAACUGGCUCUUGAGUUAGAGCACGAAAGAGGGAAGCUCACAGGCCUUGGACAGUCCAGUGCUGCUCUGCGGGAGCACAACAGCAUCUUAGAGACAGCGCUGGCCAAGAGAGAGGCCGACCUGGUCCAGCUGAAUCUCCAGGUGCAGGCAGUUCUGCAGCGCAAAGAAGAGGAGGAUCGCCAGAUGAAGCAGCUCGUCCAGGCUUUACAGAUCUCACUAGAGAAAGAGAAGGUAGAGGUGAACAGCCUCAGGCAGCAGGUGGCUGCUGCCAGGGCUGAAGCUGGACACAACCGCCGCCACUUCAGGGCGGCUGCCCUGGAGCUGAGUGAAGUGAAGAAGGAACUGCAGGCCAAGGAGCACCUGGUGCAGACACUGCAGGCUGAGGCUGACGAGCUUCAGAUUCGGGAGGGGAAACAGUCCCAGGAAAUAGCGCAGUUCCAGGCAGAGCUGGCAGAGACCCGGACUCAGCUUCAGCUCCUGCAGAAGCAGCUGGACAUGCAGCUGAGCCAGCAGCCCACAGAGAGUCAAGAGAUGGAAAAUCUCAAAUGGGAGUUGGAUCAGAAAGAGCGAGAAAUCCAGUCCUUGAAGCAGCAGCUGGACUUGACAGAGCAGCAGGGCAGGAAGGAGCUGGAAGGGACACAGCAGUCAUUACAGAAUAUCAAGUCUGAGUUGGAGAUGGUGCAGGAAGACUUGUCCAUGACCCAGAAGGAUAAAUUUAUGCUUCAAGCCAAAGUGUCGGAACUGAAGAGCAAUAUGAAGACUCUGCUUCAGCAAAACCAGCAGCUGCAGUUGGACCUCCGCCACCGUAUGGCCAAGAGAAAGGAGCCAAAAGGUGAGGCCAGCUCCCCGGGCCCUGCAACACCCAUCAGGAUCCCUGACUGCCCCGUCCCAGCCUCGCUGCUGGAGGAGCUGCUGAGACCUCCACCCGCUGUGAGCAAGGAGCCCCUCAAGAACCUCAACAGCUGUCUGCAGCAGCUCAAGCAGGAGAUGGACAGUCUGCAGCGCCAGAUGGAGGAGCACACCUUCACUGUGCACGAGUCUCUGUCCUCCUGGACACAGGUGGAAGGUCCCCCAGGGGAGCAGGUGAACCCCAAGGCAGACACGCGGCAACCAGGUGGAGGCCGGGCUCCCCCAGGAGGGCUGAACCAGUGACCACGCAGCCUGCACACAGUGUGGACGCGGCUGUUCCAGGGGACGCUCUUGUUUGAUCAUGUGCUCUGUAUUUUCUGAGAGUGAAAUUUAAGUUUUGCUUUUGCCUUUGAUGAGGACUGAAACAACAGAAUGAGUCAAGGAUUAGAGAAAUAGUCCUUUAAAAUCACAACUGGCUUUCCCCACAAAAUAAGCAAACCUCAAGCCUAGCUUUGGGCCCAGUGAGGAACCGUGAGUGUGAGUCCGAUGGGUUAUUUGCAGAAGGAGGCAUCUUUGAGGGACAGGGACGCUGCUUGUGGAGGGCCAUGCCAGUGGCCAGCUCCUGCAGAGACUGCUCAGUGGGGUCCUCAGGCAGCACACCGGGGCAGGCCAAGUGCAGGUUCUCACUGUCCUGUCCACUCAGUAAGAGCUCUCCUUUCUUGCAGAGUGAAUUUUUUAUUUGCACCUUUGGAUUUUUAUUUCAUUUUUUUCAAUAGCCAUCCCAUAAUAGGAUGUACAUAGAAAUAUUGAAAAUGCUAAUCUUUUAAAAGCAUAUGCCUAUGUUAUUUAAGAAGAACCUAAUUGUCUUUUUGUUGAUUGCCUUUUGGAAAAAUUGCUUUUGGAAAAUAAUGUACACUUAGGAUUUAGGGAUAUCAGAAAAUUAUAUUUUAAGAAGUAUAGUUUUUUUAUUUACUCGACCUUCUAAACCAAACAUUCUUGCCCAGAUGAGUCUCCUUGUUUUAAUUUUACUUUUUUCUGAGAGUCUUUGCUUCCUGUCCAGUGUCUUCCUAGGUUUGUGACACAGGCCUGUCAGGUACUGGCCCUGUGUGGGCCCACCCACUUUGGCUGACCACCAGGCAGGAGCAGGUGGGACCCUCAGGUGGGACCCUCAAUCAGGCCCAGUGGUCCCCACAGUCCCCAGGGGAAGAGGGCCUAACUGGAGUGUGGGUCACAGGCCCCUCGCUGUGCCCUCUCCCCAUGCCAUGCUCAUCAUGCUCACUGGCCUUGCCAGUGUCACCUGGUCAGAGACCACGUCUGGAAGAGAUGUGGUGCCAGGGGAAGGGAGAUGUGGUCUCCUGAGGAACAGGAGGUUCAAAGACCACAGCUGCCUCCUUUGCUGGGGCACGUGUUCCACCUAGGAGGCAACGCUGCCUACGCUGACUGCCUGGGAGGUCCAGGUCUUUGAUUCUCCCUAGGUUGCUAGGAAAAUCUAAAAUAGUAUUUAUUGUUACAAGGUGUGAAGGAGAAAGAGGGGAAGUCCAGGUGGCCCUUGUUCAGAUCUGCCGGUCUACACAUGAAGUUCUGCACACGGACCGGCCCGGAUUGGCUGUGUCAGCAGGUCCUGGCGUCUCGUGGAGAGAACAGCACAGAGUUUUCAAGGAGUGUGUGUUCUCCCAUGGCAUGUUGUUAGAGGUUAAUUGAUAUAGCUAGAGUAGCAUCACUACGGAUAUGUGUGGUGUUUAAAAAAUAUUCCCUAGCAAGUAUUGGAACUUGUAAAGUGUGUAUAUCGUCUGUACAGGGUUGAUCUUGAAAUACUUGAAAAUUUCAUUUUAAGUAUGUCCUAUUUUUUAUUUUAAGUUGGAAAUUGUUUCUGACUAAAUUGUUCUUGCACCAUUAGAAAAGAAAAAUGAAAAUUUAUGUUCUUAUUUAUUUUGGCGGUUACCUUUUGUCUGGUCUGAGACAGGACAUGUCCCUGGACUUGCUCUGUGGCGGAGCCGUCUUCUGCCUCCAUCUCAGCGGAGUCUUCUAGGAGAGGGUGCGCUCAUGUGCCAUGCUGGGCACCGUGUCUGUCCUUCUCCCGUUCCUCCUUGCUUGGCAGUCCUGGGCCUCACCUCCCCUUGGCCCUCGCUGCCCCCUGCAGGGCCCUGGCCGGCCAAGAACCUGGCCUGUCUUGGCUCAGCCUUGUCCUUAGUGGCCAGUGCAGCUCUGGGCCUGAGGUGCUGCUGGAGCUGCACUGCCUUUAGGCUCCUCAAGGUCUCACGCUGCUGCUGCUGUUGCUGUUGCUGCUGCUGCUGCUGCUGCUGCUUUUGAAGGUCAAGGACGCUUUUCUGUCUCCUGGGGACCCACCGCACCUCCCCCUCCCGGAACCAAGUUCUUGAGUGGACAGAGUUGGAACGACUGUUUCUCUGGGUGAAGUGCGAGUGAUGGGAUCCAGGCCUGAGCAGGGUUCUGCCGGGUGGCUCUGUGUGCAGUGUUCACCUAGGGUCCUGCCGUUGCAGGGAGCUGUAUGCAGCUGGGUAGUUCACCACGCCAUUGCCUGUAUACAGGGGUUUCCACUGAUUUUCCCUGUGGUACCCAUCAGACUGAUGCCCCACACAUCUUACAGAUUGACGUGGCUUGUUCUACGCUUUGGAAGAUGUUUUGAUAGAACGUGCAGCCGACUACUUGGGCCUGGGUCAGGGAGAGUGCAGCCUGUGGGGCAGCCCUGGUGUUGGGAUCAGGCCUGGCUGAUCAGCUCCUGGCUCGCCCUAGGGGAAGGCUUGUUUUCUUGGUACGGGGCACUGCAAAAGCCACGGCCUACUGACUACCAGGGCACAGACCCCUAUUUACUUUUUUUUUUUUUUUUUAAACAAAAAUUGUCACGUGUAAAGGUUCUGGGAGUGUAAGGGACCAGCAUAUCUGAAAGGGAAAUGUCCUGGAGGCUUCCUCCCGAGGACCCCAGCCACGCAGAUACCUGUGGUGUGAGAUCGCGGAGCCCCGUGUAACAAGCUUACUGACUUCAUGUUCCAGGUCUCAGGUUCUGACUGGAUUCCUGAGGGUCAGUGUUGCAGAGGGUUUAGGAAAUUUGGUUGUUUACUCACUCCUAUUGUUCACUCAUUUCUUAUUUAGAGUUUCUCAUUUCUAUAAAAAAAUGCUCACAAAAGGAGUCAUUAGGUUGGGGCUGUUUGCGCAAAAGGUGUCACUGUGUGUAACAGAUUGUAACUUUAAAAAGCAUGUUGAUUUUUUAUAAUAUAAGCGUGCUUGGGGAUUCCUUAAAUUUUGUGCAAUAAACUAUUUUUGGUAAAGGUU